UGAACAACACGGAUACAUUAUAGUGUGAGACACUGUUGUAGAGCCAUGUGGAAGGCGUCGUGUUGACUUCGUAGAUGAAUUGCUUAAACUGUUGUAGAUUCAAUUUUACGCCCAUAAUGAGCGGAUUUUUUUUACUGACUGUGUAAAUCUAGUGUAGCAACAACUAAUAAUACUUUGUUAACUAAAGCCACCUCCUCUACAGCUCGCUGAGUAAUGGGGAAAUCAAAGACCAAGAACCAGAAAAAAUCCCGAACAACAGCCAACCAUGUGGCCGAAGAGGCUUAUGGAUCUGUUCCCCACUCCUUCGUGUUUCACCGGGGUCAGGUUGGAAAAAACGUGGGUCAGCUCAUCCUGGACGUGCGGAGAGUCAUGGAGCCGUACACUGCAGAGUCUCUGAAGAUUAGGAAAAAAAAUGUCCUGAAAGACUUUGUGGCUAUCGCAGGACCACUGGGAGUGACGCACUUCAUGAUCUUCAGCAAGACUCCCAGCUGUAUCAACAUGAGACUUGCUCGACUUCCCAAAGGACCCAUGCUUCAUUUCAGAGUGCUCAAGUACUCCCUUAUCAAAGACGUGGUCUCAUCUCUGAAGAAGCACAGGAUGCACGAGCAGCAGUUCACACACCAUCCACUCCUCAUCCUCAACAACUUUGGAUCUGAUGGCAUGCAUGUCAAACUCAUGGCCACCAUGUUUCAAAACAUGUUUCCUUCCAUUAAUGUACACAAGGUUCACCUCAACAAUAUCAAGCGGUGUGUGUUGCUGAAUUACAACCCAGAGUCACAGGAAAUUGAAUUCCGACAUUACAGCCUGAAGGUUGUCCCCGUGGGCAUGAGCCGCGGAGUCAAGAAGCUGAUGCAGGAGAGAUUCCCCAACAUGAGCAAGUUCGAGGACAUCAGUGAGCUGCUGAUGAAGGGGGCGAACCUUUCAGAGAGUGAAGCGGAGCAAGAUGGCGACCACAACAUAACUGAACUGCCACAGGCCUACUCCGGCCGAGGCAACAUGGCGUCCCAACAGAGUGCUGUCCGUCUGACUGAGAUUGGUCCUCGCAUGACUCUGCAGCUGAUGAAGAUACAGGAGGGCAUGGGAGAGGGGAAUGUCCUUUAUCACUCCAUUAUCUCCAAGACGGAGGAAGAGAUACAGGAGAUCCUGAACAGGAAGGAGGCCCAGCUAAAAGAAAAAGAGGAUCGCCGGAAAAAGCAGGAGCAGAAUGUUGCUCUGAAGAAAGAGAAACAAGAGGAGAACAAGAAAAGGAGCCUUGAAGGCAUAAAAAGGAAACAUGCUGAAGCUGAAGAAGACAGUGAGGUGGAGGAUCCUGGCAUGCAGAACGAUCAGGCAGCUGCUGUUGAAUCUGAUGAUGAGGUUGAGUACUACAGACAGGCUGUAGGAGAGGAUCCAGAUGAAGACAUGUUUCCUAGUGCCAAGAAGAGGAAGCUGUCACCUGGUAAACCUCAGAGAAAAGGCAGAGAUGUCAAAUCACCAAAGAGAAACAGUCCAGCUGGACGGCAGCACAGAGACAAAAUGGGAAAAGGCUGGAAGAAAUCCAGAGAUGGGGAGAAACAGUUUGGAAAGAAAAUAAAGCCUGGAGGAAAGACAUUCAGAGCAAAGAAGGCUGGUGAUAGGGAUAAUAAAUUUGAUGGCAAGAAGAAAUUUCAAGGGAACAAAACAUUUGGUGGGAAGAAAGACAAGGACAAAUCAUUCAGAUCUAAAGGUCAAAAAGCCAAGCAGGGCUUUAAGAAGAAAGGAGCAAAGCAAGGCUUUAAGCAGAGGAAGGGACCAGGCUGAACCUUAACUCUUCUUUCUGGACUUGGACAUUAAAUGUGUUGUUAUGUUAUGAGCAGAAGAUGGCAGCCACUUGCCGUCAGUGCUUCAGCCAGUGGAGCUUAUGAAGGCUUCAGGAGGGAGUGAUGGCUGCUUGUGAGACUGUUAGUUGCUGAAAAUCAGCAGUGGGACACAAAAGAAAACAAAAGUGCUAUAUUUUAACACUGUGUGACUUAAAAUUGAUUAUUUACUUGUUCAAUAAAUUGUUAAAAAAAAAAUUAUCU